AUGAACUUCCUUCAUAGUACUCUCGAUCGUCUCCGCGAGUUUACGCCAGUAUCUAAUACCUCUACCUUUCGCACAAACGGACAAAUCACACCGGAAGAAUUUGUAGCAGCAGGAGAUUAUCUCGUAUUCAAAUUCCCAACAUGGUCUUGGGCCGAUGCAUCCCCAACAAGCAAGCGCGCCAGUUACCUACCGGCUGGCAAGCAGUUUCUAGUUACACGUGGCGUGCCUUGUCACCGCAGACUCGACGAUGAUUUCGCAGGCGAAGCGGGACAUGAUGAAACUGUCGUAGGGGAUGGAGAGGAUUUCAGAGGUGCCGGUCCACAUUCUCCAGGUGAUGAUGAAGAUGGUUGGUUAAGAACUGGAGGACUGGCCGCCAGUCAAGAAGCACGAGCAAGAGAUGUGAGAACGGUAGAUGAGAGUGGCGAGAUGGGCGAAAGAGAAGAUGAUGAGGAUGAUAUUCCAGAUAUGGAGGAUGAAGAUGAUGACGAGGAAGCUAUAAUUCGUGAUCCUAGGGCUGACAAUGCGAAUUCAUCUCGUCGAACAUAUACUAUCUACAUUGCAUACACGCCCUACUAUAGAACUCCUCGACUAUACCUCUCAGGAUACCUCUCAAGCUCACAGCCCCUUCCACCGCACCUUAUGAUGGAGGAUAUUGUAGGUGAUUAUAAAGACAAAACCGUCACAUUGGAAGACUUCCCAUACUUUAGCAAUAACAUCAAGAUGGCCUCCAUCCAUCCUUGCAGGCACGCGAGUGUCAUGAAAACCCUAUUGGAUCGCGCAGACGCAGCCUUAAAACUCCGCCGAGAGAAACAAAGACAAGGCAAGACAGUGCCUGGAGCAAAAGAUACCGGAAUGGAGGGUCUAGUCGAUGAUUUUGAGAAGACCAAGAUUGGUGACAAGAAGGUCAUCUUGGAAGGUAUGAAAGCUGGAGGGAACGGGAAUGAUGAGUGGGAGGUAUUACAACAUGAUCAAGACUUUCAUGGCGAGGAGGAAGAGGUUGCUAUUCGUGUGGACCAGUAUCUCGUUGUGUUUUUGAAGUUCAUGGCAAGUGUGACACCUGGUAUUGAGCAUGAUUUCACUAUGGGUGUCUAA